AUGACAAAUAUCCCUCAUUUCAACAACAAAGGGACCCAGUCCACGAAUAUUUUGAUUACAUUUAAUCACCAAAGCUUACUACAAUGUGCAGCAUUCUGCAAAGACAAUGUUCAUUGCAAAUCUAUUCUCUAUAGCCCUGAAAAAAUGAGUUGUCAGUUGCUUGCAGUACUCUUAGGCUCUGGAUAUAUUUUGAAUGUCCCAUAUAUAGAGAAUACAGAAACGGUGUUAACAGCAGAAAUCUCCAUGACUACCCCAUUUGAUUGUUCCAUAUGGCACGCGUUUAAUGGCCAUAGAUAUAAACUGGACAACACCUUCAGAACUUUUGAGUCUUCACAGAAUUUUUGUGCUUCACUUUUCCCUUCAUCAUACGUCAUGGAAGUCGAAUCUCAAGACGAAAAUGACUGGGUCGUUACAUUCACGGCCACGCAAUGUGGAGAGCCAAAAGAGUACUGGUUAAAUGCCUAUGACACCAAUGACUCGGUCUCAUUCACUUGGCUACAAAGCAAGGCAACAACAACCUACACUAACUGGCACUCUGACCAACCAUCUAACCCAUCAGAAGAAUGCAUAGUCUCAUCUACACGAUAUCUAGGAGUGUGGGUUGACAUUGCUUGCACUCAGCAAAGGCCUGUUGUUUGUGAACGAGACGUUUGA